CGGUAGCGCGGUAGUAGCAAAUGCCGAGAGGGUCGCUACGGGGGGUUCGUGGGCUUCCGCGGCCCCGAGUGGGGAUGCGGUCGUACCCUAGGCCCCACCGAGCCGCCCCUGCCAUCUUCCCGGCCCAGCUGCCUCGUCCCUGUAUCACCCGCGGCAUGGGGGAGCCCGAGACGCAAGUGCCCGAUUCAGGUGCUGUGUUUACUUUUGGGAGAACUAAAUUUGCUGAAAAUAUGCCUAGUAAAUUCUGGUUUAAGAAUGACAUACCAAUGUAUCUUUCAUGUGGAGAUGAACACACGGCUGUUGUUACAGGAAAUAAUAAACUGUAUGUAUUUGGCAGCAACAACUGGGGUCAGUUAGGAUUAGGAUCAAAAUCAACUGUCAAGAAGCCAACAUGUGUCAAAGCUCUUAAAUCUGAAAAAGUCCAACUUGCUGCCUGUGGAAGGAACCACACUCUAGUUUUAACAGAAGUAGGUAAUGUAUAUGCAGCUGGAGGAAAUAAUGAAGGGCAGUUGGGCCUUGGUGAUACUGAAGAGAGAGACACGUUUCAUCAUAUUAGCUUUUUUACAUCUGAGCAUCACAUUAAACAGCUCUCUGCUGGAUCUAAUACUUCAGCUGCGCUAUCUGAGGAUGGACGACUUUUUAUGUGGGGUGACAAUUCUGAAGGGCAAAUUGGUUUAAAUGAUGUCAUUAAUGUGUGUGUCCCUCAUCAACUGGACAUUGGGAAACCAAUAUCUUGGAUCUCAUGUGGAUAUUACCAUUCGGCUUUUAUAACAAUUGAUGGUGAACUGUACACAUUUGGAGAACCUGAGAGUGGAAAACUCGGUCUUCCUGAAGAGCUUCUGAUCAAUCACAGAACACCUCAGCUCGUGGCUGGCAUUCCUGAGAAGGUGAUCCAAGUAGCUUGUGGUGGAGGGCACACUGCAGUUCUCACAGAGAAAGCUGUAUAUACUUUUGGGCUGGGACAGUUUGGUCAGCUGGGCCUUGGCACUUUUAUUUUUGAAACAUCAGAACCCAAAGUCAUUGAACAAAUUAAGAAUCAGAAGGUAACUUACAUUUCUUGUGGAGAAAAUCACACAGCUUUGAUAACAGAUAUAGGACUUAUAUAUACUUUUGGAGAUGGUCGGCAUGGAAAAUUAGGACCUGGACUAGAGAAUUUUGCAAAUCAGUUCUUUCCCAUAGUGUGCUCUGAAUUCUUGAGAUUUACAGUCCAAUUGGUUGCCUGUGGUGGAUGUCAAACACUAGUUUUUGCCUCUCCACGCGUUAAUGUAGUGGGAGAAAGUGAUUCCAAUCAAAUAAAUGAUUUUUACUUACCUGGAGCUACUUUGAUGCCCUCCGACAGUCUGACCUCAGGAAACGUACUGCAUAGAACUUUAGCAGCACGUCUGCGACGAAGAGAACGGGAGCGAUCCCCUGAUAGUGCUCAAAUGCUGCGAACACUACCUCGAUCAGAGAGGACUGCCACAUCACCUGCUUCUGUCCCUUUCAGUUUGUCUGUGAGUAAUCUGUCAGAGAAAAGCACCUUGGAGCCACCUGAGUCAGAUGUUUGUCAAGAUAAGGUGACAGAAGACAGAGGGACAGAACAGUUUUCAGCAGCAGACUCAGAAAGCCUGGGAGAAACUACUGAUGUUCUAAAUAUGACACAUAUGAUGAGCCUGAACACCAAUGACAAGUCAUUACAAUUUUCACCAGUUCAAAAACAAAAGAAACAAGACACAGUUGAGAAAUUGAUGCAGCGAACAUCUUGUACUGAAAGUGAUGAUAGCAAUGAAUGUGAAAAUGAAGAGUUAUCAGAAAUGAAAGAAGGGAAAGCACAUAAACAGGUAGUGAAAGGGAUCCUCAUGAUGCAAGAAUCUGAGACUUCAGAAGCAGAAGGAAGUCCUUCCCCAUCCUUUUCAGAUGAGGAAGUAGAUAAUGGCUCAGACCAGGGGGGGCUUCAGAUCCACACCAAUGAAAGCUGUAUGCAAAAAGAGGUAUUUAGUCAUGAAAAUAAAAGCAGUGUUGAUCAACUUGAUGCUAAAGAAAUAGAAAAGGAAAAUGAUGGACAAGAAAUAAUGUCUGAGAAGAAAACAGAGCUGGUGGAAGUGGCAGGUCUGAAUGAUAUAAGAGAAGGGGAAGAGAAUCUAAAAUGUGUGAAAUCUGAUAUAUUAUAUGAUGAUUUAUCAGAUAACGACAUGAAUACUGAGAAGGAAGAACUUGAGGGUUUUGUUAAGGAAAGGAAAAGUAGAAAGCAAGAUAUGAUCUUUGACAGUGAAAGAAAAUGCAUAGAAGAGCCAGAGAGUUAUGUGAAAUAUGAAAGCCACAUUCAGCGGAGGAAAGUUGACAGUUUCCUGCAGCCCAGGUCAAUAGAAUUUGGUAGUGAAGAUGAUGAUGAAGUUGAAACUGACCUUAAUUUGUGGCUCCAAAGACAAUUGAACAAACAAGAACUUGAUUCUAAAUUCAGAUCAUCAAAUUUCAUGGCCCAAUAUAAUUUUAAGUAUAACGACUUGCCAGUGAUACCAGAGGAAGAGGAAGAAGCAGAGAAUUUAGAAGAAAUCAUAGUCAAGGAGCAAGUGGUAGAGGCACAUAAGAAAAUUGUGGAGGUUCAAGGAGGAAGAAAAGAGGAAACAGAAACCCUGUCAGAUGACUAUACAGACAGAACAGAGGAUCAAGAAUUUUCAGAAACUGAAGACAUACAACCAGAAGACAUGGAUAAAGACAUUAAUGUCAAAAAUCAGAAAGAUAACGUGAAAUCUGUGGCUGAUGAUGAAAAAGAAGCAUCAGAAAAUAUUGACGUUGACUCAGCUAUUGUUGACAAAAAGGAAGAAAAAGCCAAAGUAAAAGAAAGGGUUGUUCGUGAAUACAAUGAAAAUCCAAAAGGAAACUUGUAUAGUUGCGAAAAGAAUAGUUCUUCAGAGGCUCUGGAAGUUAAUGAAUCAGUACCAAGUAAAGACAUAAAAAUACCAAGAAAAAAUUUCUUCUUGAAACGGAUAUCAAUGACAGGUCAGAAAAUUCCACAGAGUCCUAUGGAGCCAUUUUCAGAGAUAAAACCAAUAGGAGAUCAAGCAGCAGUACAAAGCAAUAAGAAAGAAGUCAUCCUUAAUCACAUAGGGCAAAACUAUAAUGAUGCUUCCCGCAAUGUGGGGGUAAAAUCAAGAGCCUGUACAAUACUAUGAAUACAUGUUUUCAUGGUUUACCAAGUGCAUUCGUAAUUUAUACUUGAAAAAUGUUAUAACUUCUAAAGGAAUAUAUCAGAUAACAGACUUUUAUUUUAUUUUUAUUUUUUAUUUUUUUGGUGGAACCAGGGAUUGACCUCAGGCCCUUGCGCUUGCCAGGCAAGUGCUUAUUCUACUGAGGUAUUGCCCCGACCCUGGUAACAGAGUUUUAAAGAUACCAGUUAAUAUUUUUGGUUUGAACAGUGUGACCAGUUUGAUAUUUAUUUAUGCUAAUAUUUUAAGAAGCAGUUUUAAAAUAUGUGUAUCUCAAACUCUCCGUGAAGUGUUGUAGUUUUAACUGUUCAGUGUUGCAUAAAACAAUAUAUUUUUAUAUGUGAAAAUUGAAGUAAGAUAUCCCAUAGUUUCGCUAAACAACUUUACUUAUUUAUAAUUUCAUAAGGCAAUGUAUGAAAUCUCUUAACAGUGAUACAUUUUAAUGUAUUUUAAAUUUUUACAACUGAGCCAAAACAAACCACAUCUGGUUAGUUCUACUGUUAAAAUGGAUGACAAUGAAUAAACUUUGGAAGUACUUAGAAUUAUCCAUUGAUCAAAUAGGAGGUAAAAUAUCUAAUUUUAAAAUGUCAAAGGAUAUAAAUUAUCUUUUCCCUGUUAAAAAAAGAAUACAAAUUCAACUGUGUGAUCAGUAGAUCUUCAUGGGGAAACUUGAGUGUCAAAAUUGCUUUCUAGUCUUUUGUUUAGAGAAGUGAUUGAACAUGAAAACAUGAUGUGGCAUGAUUAGUAUUGUUGACUGUGCCACAGACUGCCAUCAUAAGAGACCCAGGCAUAGCCAGGCUUGCUUAUUACACCUAUCUCUAGCAUUAACAGUGAUGAUCCAAUUCACCUGAAUCCCACAGGGUGCUACUGAGAGGCAUAGGAUGACUAACGCUGUUAAGUCUGUUCUGCUAAGGUAGAAACAUUACUUCCCCUGCUUAUAGCUGCUACUUAUUUAAUGGAGCAAUCCACCUUUAUUUUCUUCAUUUUAGGUUAUUAAUAAAACAUUUUAUUCUUCAGUUACAGUGACCCUUGCCCCAUUUAAAGAAAGAAAACAAUUCUAUCUUUGUAUUUCCUGCACAAAUGUAAUAUUAGUCUAGAGUAAAUAUGAUUUUUGA